AUGUCCAUUCAUGAAUACGUGGUAGAUACUCAAUCAUUCAAUGUACUUCAAUCUCUUGUCGCUGAUUAUGUUUUCAAUAGAGCAUUGUCAAAAAGUGAGCUUCUUGUUGACUUUAGUCAUGAACAUGGAGUUCGUGGAGAUUUUCAGUGCUUACGUCCUAGACAAAAUUUGAUGGAUGUUCAAAUGAUUUUGUACGAGAGUCCUCAUCCUUUUUUCGAUAGAACAACAUCUAUCGUGAGUAAGUACAUUAGCGAAUUGGAUGAUUGCGAGAAGCUAUUUAUUCCAAUGCAUGACGAUUGCCCUGGUCAUUGGUAUCUGUGCGUCAUUGACUUCAAACACUUUGAUAUCCAAAUUUUGGAUUCAUUACGAUCGAAGAGUCGGGACGAGUUCCGGUUUAAGAGUGUGAAAAAAGUGGUUGAAUUUUGUCAAACGUUCUUCAAACUGUAUGACAUAAGGAAAGAUGUCUUCCAAUUCUCCAUUGAUUGGGCUCCUUCGAUUCCGACCCAAGAUAAUGGGUGGGACUGUGGAGUGCAUGUCAUUAGACAUAUGCAGAGAUUCAAAAAUGGUGAUUCGAUGACGAGAUCCGACUUUUGUAAUUCUGUUAAAAUACGUCGAGAAAUAGCAUGUGAUUUAGUUUUACACGAGGGAAAUAGAGAAAAACAAACCAUUGUGGCUAUUGUUUGUACAAAGACGUCGACACGAGCAAUGAAAAAAUUAUUAUUAUGAUAUUUGUUAUUUUUCUAAUA